GAGUUCAGAAUGCCGGCUGACCAGGGCAUCGCUGGACACGUGGCCACCACCGGCAAAAUCCUCAACAUCAAGGACGCCUACUCCCACCCACUGUUCUACCGCGGAGUGGACGACAGCACCGGCUUCAAGACCCGCAACAUCCUCUGCUUCCCCAUCAAGGAUGAGAACAAGCGUAUCAUCGGAGUGGCCGAACUGUGUAACAAGGUGAACGGUCCCUGGUUCACUAAGUUUGACGAGGAUCUGGCACUCGCUUUCUCCAUCUACUGUGGUAUCAGCAUUGCACAUUCGUUGCUGUACAAGAAAGUCAACGAAGCUCAAUAUCGCAGUCACCUGGCCAACGAGAUGAUGAUGUACCACAUGAAGGUAGCGAACGAGGAGGUGGCCAAGCUGCUGAAGUACGGCAUCCAGCCGGUGGAGGAUGUUCAUCCCGACCUCACCAAGUUCAACUUCGUGCCCCGCGACAUUCCCGAGAGCGCCACAGCCAUGGCUAUCAUCAGUAUGUUUGAAGACAUGAGCUUUGUGAACAACAACAAGAUCAACAUGAAGACAUUAGCAAGGUUCUGUCUGAUGGUGAAGAAGGGAUACCGAGAUCCUCCCUAUCACAACUGGAUCCACGCGUUCUGCGUCACCCAUUUCUGUUACUUGCUUCACAAAAACGUGGAUCUGCGUCUCUACCUGGAAGACAUUGAGAUCAUGUCGGUGUUUGUUGCAUGUAUGUGCCACGAUCUGGACCAUCGAGGAACCAACAACUCUUUCCAGGUGGCCUCGAAAUCAGUUCUGGCCGCGCUGUACAGCUCAGAGGGAUCAGUGAUGGAGGCAACACCUUCCCCGCCUAAACCUCCCAUCACACCCCUCGACCUAACCACCGUGGUGGCUCUCACCUCCCGGCCCCCGCUCGGCCCUUAA